CGUUACACUGAUGCACGAGGCGUAAACUUCAUGCUGAAGUCUCGCGAUGUUUCCGUGAUCUCGUGUGAAGCGCGGUCGCACAUCAUUCCGGAGGAGACGACGACGUCUGGGUGGAGGGUGUCGAGAUGGCUGAUGGUGAUAUGGAGCUUCGGUGAGAAUGGAACCGUCCAAACCAGACAAAAUGGGCAAGACAAGGCUUUUCCGCAUCUUUCUCAUCCUGGGUUCUGUCUUCAUGAUCCUACUGAUCAUCAUCUACUGGGAUGAUGUUGGAGCCACCCAGUUUUACCUCCACACAACCAUAUCUGGACCUCAUUCUUCCCGCCUACCACCGCCUGAGAGUAAUGCUGCUUCCAAAAACAAAGCUGAGGAGGACAAAGAAGGCUCGUUCCUGGCCGACAUUGACGCGUUCGUCAACCAGUUUCUGGAAGGCACCGCCGACCCUACAGAGCAAUCGAGAGCUGAGACGCCGCCUGGUGAGACUCACAACCAGUCCUCAGAAAAACCUGAAGAAAGAUUUGUCCCCAGGCGCGAGUGGAAAAUCCACCUGACCCCCAUUGCCACAGAGAAGAAGCAAAGACAGGACAGUAGGAAGCAGCUGAUCCGCGACCUUUGCAGCAGCAACAGCAGCUUCGACUUCCCAGGCAAAAACCGGAGGUUUGACGACAUCCCCAACAAAGAGCUGGACCACCUGAUUGUAGACGACCGGCACGGGAUCAUCUACUGCUACGUUCCCAAGGUGGCGUGCACCAACUGGAAGCGCAUCAUGAUAGUGCUCAGCGAGAGCCUGCUGGUGAACGGCGUUCCCUACCAGGACCCUCUGGACAUCCCUGUCGAGCUCAUUCACAACAGCAGCGUGCACUUCACCUUCAACAAGUUCUGGAAGCGCUACGGCAAGUUCUCUCGGCAUCUAAUGAAAAUCAAGCUGAAGAAGUACACCAAGUUCUUGUUCAUCCGAGACCCUUUCGUCCGCCUCAUCUCGGCCUACCGCAAUAAGUUCGAGCUGGAGAACGAGGACUUCUACAAACGAUUCGCCAUGAUAAUGCUGAAAAGAUACGGCAACUACGUCGACCCGCCGGCGUCAGUGGCGGACGCCUUCGCUGCCGGUAUCAAACCCACAUUUUCUAACUUUAUUCAGUAUCUGUUGGAUGCGGACACCGAGAAAGAAAUGCCGUUUAACGAGCACUGGAGGCAGAUGCACCGCUUGUGCCACCCUUGUCAGAUCAAUUACGACUUUGUGGGAAAGCUGGAGACGUUGGACGAGGACGCCGAGCAUUUGUUGCGAAUCCUGCGGGUAGACAACGUCGUCCAGUUUCCUGCGAGUCAUCACAACAGGACGGUCAGCAGCUGGGAGCAGGACUGGUUCGCCAACAUACCUUACGAAUCACGCAGACAGUUGUACAAGCUCUACGAGGCUGACUUCAGACUGUUCGGGUAUCCCAAACCCAAUAAGAUUUUACACGAGUGAUAAUUGGUUUCUGUUCAGCAGAGCAGUUUCUUGCUGUGAUUCUAUUUAACCGUAAUUCAUUCGGUUAACAAAUAGAGAUUUUACUCAUUUACUUUUGUUUCUUUACCUUUAGCUCUGGGGCAACGCUUCUGGUUUGCUUAUUGCACAGGCAUUAGAAAAGGUUCAUUAUUAAGUGUGUGCUGUAUACAGAUUUCUACAUUAAAUCUUCUUCUGAAGACACGUCCCCCCCCUUUACAGUGUGUACUGUAAAGUCAGGCGAAGAUUUGGGUUGGUUGUAAUUAUUGAAGAAAAUCACAACAUUAAUAAUGUCUUCUGUUUUUCAAGUAUUGUGUAUGCUGUAACAUGUCCUCAGUUAUACAGGUUCCCACCUCCUGUAGAGAAAUAUGCAGCUUGAACAUACAACUGCUAUGUUCUGCACAUUUAGGACCAUGCACAUUGAAUAUGUAGAAUAUUUUUGUAUUUUUGCUAUUACACACAACAUAUAUAUAUAUAUGUAUAUGUAUGUAUGUUUGUGUGUGUGCAAGAGAAACAUUUAUUUUGGAAGAAGGAACUGUGAGCUUUUUAAAGGAAAGGAAAGGAUUUACUGCACUCCUGUAGCAUUGCGAGAUUAAAAAAAACAACAAAAAAAACAAGCCCAUGUCGUUGCCACUCAUUAAGCAUCGCUUAGGUGUAGACAUCACCUCAUUUUCUUUUUCUUUUUUUUUGUUACUAUCAUUUGCAUUUUUGUCUGCCACCUCAGGAUGCCAACACUUUUUCAGACCUCAUUUAAAAUGUAUUGAGUGCAAAAAAGAUUUUGCAAACGUUUACUUUAACAGGAAAGCCUGAGCAGUAUUGGCUGUAAUCAUGCACUGCACUCCACACAGGCUACUUCUGUCAUUGCUGUGUAAUCAAUCAGUGUUAUUGAGCAUCUUUUGUUUUUUCUUAAAGUAUGUUUAAUGUUUAAUAGGCAUCAGUAGGACGUUUCUUUAAAUCCAGUGAAGCGGCCAGGCUGAAAGAUCGGAGCUGGUGUUCUUUACUGUCGUUGUGGCGUCUUUCCUUUUUAUCUCUCACAUUUGUUUCUGCUUUGAUAUGAACGCCGGUUCCCCUGGCAGCAAGCCUCGGCCUCUUAUCAUCAUCAUGUCUUUCAUGCUAGCGUGUGUCUGCCCUUUUUUUUUUUUUAUUUUAUUUUUUUUUACAUUUGUAGACAAGUAUUGCUUGUUUCGUUCAUCAUGUAGCAUUCAGUGAACGAUUCCUGCUUUAAGUUUUUUUUCUUGGAGCAAAAAAAAGCACAAAUCUUUCUCCAAGGCCCUUAAAGAGUAAACAUUGAACAUUAAGCGCCCGGUUUGCUGUAGAAUUAAGUAAGCUUGUUAUUGAGACUCUGUGGAAAGAUUUGAUGUGGAAAGUUUUUAGUCACCAUUGCGGUGUUUGCGCGGUGCUUUUUGCACAUGGAAUAGUCCACAAACUGGACGAGAAAACACUGUUCGCCAGAAACAGGAGUUUUAUUCCUCAGUGGAGCAGUGUACAGAGAGCAGGAGCAUUACAAAGCACAGUGUGAAUCUAGUAGGUCAGAGGAUAAACGGUGUGUGUGUGUGUGUGUGUGUGUGUGUGUGUGUGUGUGUGUGUGUGUGUGUGUGUGUGUGUGUGUGUGUAUCUAAACCAUCAUCAGCAGCUGUACUAGAGGAGGCACUGCACCGGGUGCUAGCAGUGCCUUUCAUAAAAUAAGAAUGAAAAAGUUUACACACAAAAACAUGUAUAAUGUACAGGUAUUUUUGUAAAUGGAACAAAAUUUGAGAUUUUUUUUUUUUUUUAUUUGCUAGUUAAAUGAUGAAAUAAUUUAAAAGUAUUAAAUUCUGUGUCUUUGGAUUUUAAACAGAAGACUUUAUUUCCUGGCUGUAUCAGUAAUAUUUGUUUAGUUCUCUUUCCAUCAUGUCCACUGUUGUUAUACCAACAGUUUAAUGUCUGCACAGUAUUUCCUGAUGUUAUCGUGCCACAGUGUUCACUGAAACGACAGAUUAACGACAGAUUCGUGCUCUCUUGCUGCCUGAUGUGAUGCUGAUGCAAAAAAAAAUAAAUGAACAAUUACUCUGAGACGAUUCGCCAACACGAGGGGUUUGUUUGCAUGGAAUUUGUUCAUUUUAAGGGAAAUCGCCGUGCUUGCGAUUUAAAAAGCCGAUGUGUAUUUCUUAAUGUUGCAUCAUCUAAAAAAAAAAAAACUUUUUCCAUUGUACUGAUCUGAAAUACAGGUUGUUUUUGGCUGGUGGUG